AAUCCAACAUGUGUCCUCAUGCAUACUAGUCAGAUUCGUUACCACUGAGCCACUGAGAGAACUCCAGGUUUUCUUUUUUAAAGAAUAUAAUUUUAGGUUGAUUUACUUCAAUAUAAUGCAGUUUGUGUAAAAUGAUUUUGUGAGUUGAAAACUCUUUGUCUCAAUCUCCAGAUACUAAAGUAUUUAUGCUUUAAAAUGUCUGCACAUGCAAAUGAUGUCCAAUUCCACUUAUAUAAGGGUCUAUAAAGUAGUUAAAUUCGUAGAAACAGAAAGUAGUUGGUGCUCGUCAGGGGCUGGAGGGAGGGGGAAAUGGGAGUUGUUUAGUGGGUGCAGAGUUUCAGUUUUGCAAGAUGAAAAAGGUUGGGAGAGCUAUUGCAAAACAAUGUGAAUAAACUUAUCUCUACUGGACUGAAUGCUUCAAGUGGUAACUUUUAAUGCCAUGUGUAUUUUACCACAGCUGAAAGCUUAAAAAAAAAAAAAUGAAAGUAUCUACUGUGUUUUCCAUUUUUGAGAUGAGAAAAACCAAAGCAAUAAAUAAAACCAAAACAUGUGAACUGUAGCUUCGUCUGUUGCCUUGAGUUGAACACAAGGGAAUCCGUCCGGCUUUGAGUCACAGUGGCCGCACCUCCCAGUUGUGUGUUGUGCUUCAGUGUGAAGCAAUUUCGCUUCUGGGACAGCUCCUUAGUCCAUUUUUUUCUCCCAUUUUCACCUUCUCAGCACAUUUUACACUCCUUCCCCAAAUUGCUUGAUUGGUAGUUAAUUUAAGAGGUUUUGGGAUAUGAAACGAACUAAGUUGGGAUCACUGAGAGUGAAGUAAGCAGAUAAUGUAAUGUGCUGCUGUCUCUUGGCCUAGUACUUCAACCUGUUACCAAGGACGUGAAAAAACCAAAAAUCAUGGAGCAACCACCAUGGGGUAGUCCCUGACCUAGUAUUUCCACAUGUGUGUUUUGAAAGUUGAUUGUUUAUCAGAAAUAAAUCAAAUGGGCCAGACUAAAAAGAACUUUUGAUUUUUAUAUUAUAAAAUUGUUUGGGCCAUGGUAAUAUUUUUCUUCUUGGAACAACUUAAAAAUGACUUAAGAUAUAUUCCAUAUAAGAACACAUUUUCUUGUUAAAAAGUAUGCUUACAUGUGUUUUACUAAUAUACGGACCUAAUUCCCAAUGUGUGGAUAGCUCUAAUGUCUCCAAAGUGUGCGUUCAUGCCAGAUUUAUCAGCUGUGCAUCACUGGGGGCAAAGCUCGAGAGAACAAGAGAGCGCAUGUUUCUGUCUGACUGUCCCACUCCAUGCGCUGUUCAAUGGGGAGUGUUCGUGGCCAGGGGGCUGCAUCCUUCUGGAAGGAAGACCAGGCAUCAGAAUGUUUGUUUUUAGCAGUUAUUUUUAGCAGCAGCUCUAGAAAUUUUUAAUAUAUUUUCAUGUUAGCAUAUAUUUUUAAAAUCAUGAUAAUUCCAAGAAGAAUCAAUAAUUUUUUAGACAUGUGUAUGUGAAUGCAUGUAUGCAUUAUAUGCACGUGUAUGUGUGAGAGAGAGAGAGAGAGAGAGAGAGAGAGGGGAGGGAGAGACAUCCCCUUAAUAACAGGAGGGGUAGAGGCUUACUCAGUCUAUUAUCAUAAAGCUCUGCUAAUGUAGCUUCUGAGUCAUGUGACUGCAGAAAAGGCUAUUAUCUCAAUGAAAAGGAAACUGGUUUUUAGAGCAAGCAAUAGAAUAGAAGCAGGAAGAAUUUUCGAGUGUUCCACCAUGCUGGAUUGUCAAAGGGGGAUCUGUCUGAUCAGCAGCUAAAAAAGGAUUUGUGAGGCUAGUUUGUCAGCUAUCGUUAGAAGCAAGUGAUAGAGGAGUUGCUGAUAUGUGUUCAAGAUGAGUGGGAUGGGAGAAAAUACCUCUGACCCAUCCAGGGCAGAGACGAGAAAACGCAAGGAAUGUCCUGACCAGCUUGGACCCAGCCCCAAGAGGAGCACUGAGAAACGUAAUCGUGAACAGGAAAAUAAAUACAUUGAAGAACUUGCAGAGCUGAUUUUUGCGAAUUUUAACGAUAUAGACAACUUUAACUUCAAACCUGACAAAUGUGCAAUCUUAAAAGAAACUGUGAAGCAAAUUCGUCAGAUCAAAGAACAAGAGAAAGCAGCAGCUGCCAACAUCGAUGAAGUGCAGAAGUCAGACGUGUCAUCUACGGGGCAGGGGGUCAUCGACAAGGACGCGCUGGGGCCUAUGAUGCUUGAGGCCCUUGAUGGGUUCUUCUUUGUAGUGAACCUGGAAGGCAACGUUGUGUUUGUUUCAGAGAAUGUGACACAGUACCUAAGGUAUAACCAGGAAGAGCUGAUGAACAAAAGCGUAUAUAGCAUCCUGCAUGUUGGGGACCACACCGAAUUUGUCAAAAACCUGCUGCCAAAGUCUAUAGUGAACGGGGGAUCUUGGUCUGGUGAACCUCCCAGGCGGAGCAGCCACACUUUCAAUUGUCGGAUGUUGGUGAAACCUCUGCCUGAUCCAGAAGAGGAAGGUCACGAUAACCAGGAAGCGCAUCAGAAGUAUGAAACCAUGCAGUGCUUUGCUGUCUCUCAACCAAAGUCCAUCAAAGAAGAAGGAGAAGAUUUGCAGUCCUGCUUGAUUUGUGUGGCUAGAAGAGUCCCCAUGAAGGAGAGACCAGUUCUGCCCUCCUCAGAAAGCUUCACGACUCGCCAAGAUCUCCAAGGCAAGAUCACGUCGCUGGAUACGAGCACCAUGCGGGCAGCCAUGAAGCCUGGCUGGGAGGACCUGGUGAGGAGAUGCAUCCAAAAGUUCCAUGCACAGCACGAGGGGGAGUCUGUGUCUUACGCUAAGAGGCAUCAUCAUGAAGUGCUGAGACAGGGAUUGGCAUUCAGUCAGAUCUAUCGUUUUUCCUUGUCCGAUGGCACUCUUGUGGCUGCGCAAACGAAGAGCAAGCUCAUCCGUUCUCAGACGACAAACGAACCUCAGCUCGUGAUCUCCUUGCAUAUGCUGCACAGAGAGCAGAAUGUGUGUGUGAUGAAUCCGGAUCUGACUGGACAAGCGGUGGGGAAGCCAUUGAACCCACUUAGCUCUAGCAGCCCUGCCCAUCAGGCCAUGUGCAGUGGGAACCCAGGUCAGGACAUGACCCUAAGUAGCAAUAUAAAUUUUCCCAUAAACGGCCCAAAGGAACAAAUGGGCAUGCCCAUGGGCAGGUUUGGUGGUUCUGGGGGAAUGAACCAUGUGUCGAGCAUGCAAGCAACCACUCCUCAGGGUAGUAACUAUGCACUCAAAAUGAACAGCCCCUCACAAAGCAGCCCUGGCAUGACCCCAGGACAGCCCAGCUCCAUGCUCUCACCAAGGCAUCGCAUGAGCCCUGGAGUGGCUGGAAGCCCACGAAUCCCACCCAGUCAGUUUUCCCCCGCAGGAAGCUUGCAUUCCCCUGUGGGCGUUUGCAGCAGCACAGGAAAUAGCCAUAGCUACGCCAACAGUUCCCUCAAUGCGCUUCAGGCCCUCAGCGAGGGGCACGGGGUCUCACUGGGGUCAUCGUUGGCUUCACCGGACCUAAAAACGGGCAAUUUGCAAAACUCCCCGGUUAAUAUGAAUCCUCCCCCACUCAGCAAGAUGGGAAGCUUAGACUCCAAAGACUGUUUUGGACUUUAUGGGGAGCCAUCAGAAGGUACAACUGGACAAGCCGAGAGCAGCGGCCAUCCUGGAGAGCAGAAGGAGGCCGGGGAGCCCGGCCUGCCCCCAGCCGUGGGCAGCGAGAGGCCUGAUGGCCAGAGCAGACUGCACGACAGCAAGGGCCAGACCAAACUCCUGCAGCUGUUGACCACCAAAUCCGACCAGAUGGAGCCUUCGCCCUUAGCCAGCUCUUUGUCGGACGCAACCAAGGACUCCGUGGGCAGCCUGCCUGGUUCUGGGUCGACACACGGAACCUCGCUCAAGGAAAAGCAUAAGAUUUUGCACAGACUGUUGCAGGAUAGCAGCUCUCCUGUGGACUUGGCGAAGUUAACUGCGGAAGCCACAGGCAAAGAGCUGAACCAGGAGGCCAGCAGCACGGCCCCUGGAUCCGAGGUGACGAUUAAGCAAGAGCCAGUGAGCCCCAAGAAGAAAGAGAAUGCACUACUCCGCUAUUUGCUCGAUAAAGACGAUACUAAAGAUAUCGGUUUACCGGAAAUAACCCCCAAACUUGAGCGACUGGACAGUAAGACGGACCCUGCCAGUAACACAAAAUUAAUAGCUAUGAAAACUGAGAAGGAGGAGAUGAGCUUUGAGCCUAGUGACCAGCCUGGCAGUGAGCUGGACAACUUGGAGGAGAUUUUGGAUGAUUUGCAGAAUAGUCAAUUACCACAGCUUUUCCCAGACACGAGGCCAGGCGCCCCUGCUGGAUCAGUUGACAAGCAAGCCAUCAUCAAUGACCUCAUGCAACUCACAGCUGAAAACAGCCCCGUUACACCUGUUGGAGCCCAGAAAACAGCAUUGCGAAUUUCACAGAGCACUUUUAAUAACCCACGACCAGGGCAACUGGGCAGGUUAUUGCCAAACCAGAAUUUACCACUUGACAUCACAUUGCAAAGCCCAACUGGUGCUGGACCUUUCCCACCAAUCAGAAACAAUAGUCCCUACUCAGUGAUACCUCAGCCAGGAAUGAUGGGUAAUCAAGGGAUGAUAGGAAACCAAGGAAAUUUAGGGAACAGUAGCACAGGCAUGAUUGGCAGUAACGCCGCCCGGCCCGCCAUGCCAUCUGGGGAAUGGGCCCCACAGACCUCCGCCGUGAGAGUCACCUGUGCUGCCACCACUGGUGCCAUGAACCGGCCGAUCCAAGGAGGUAUGAUUCGGAACCCAACAGCCAGCAUCCCCAUGAGACCCAGCAGCCAGCCUGGCCAAAGACAGAUGCUUCAGCCUCAGGUCAUGAAUAUCGGGCCAUCUGAGUUAGAGAUGAACAUGGGACCUCAGUACAGCCAACAACAAGCGCCUCCAAAUCAAACCGCCCCUUGGCCUGAGAGCAUCCUGCCCAUAGACCAGGCCCCGUUUGCCAGCCAGAACAGGCAGCCAUUUGGCAGCUCUCCGGAUGACUUGCUGUGUCCACACCCUGCAGCGGAGUCUCCUAGUGAUGAAGGCGCUCUCCUGGACCAGCUGUACUUGGCCUUGCGGAACUUCGAUGGCCUGGAGGAGAUUGACAGAGCUCUGGGGAUCCCCGAACUGGUCAGCCAGAGCCAGGCCGUGGAUCCGGAGCAGUUCUCCAGUCAGGACUCCAACAUGAUGCUGGAGCAGAAAGCCCCCGUAUUCCCACAGCAGUACGCGUCUCAGGCACAAAUGGCCCCGGGCAGCUACGCUCCCAUGCAAGACCCAAACUUCCACACCAUGGGCCAGCGGCCGAGUUACGCCACCCUCCGCAUGCAGCCCAGACCGGGCCUCAGGCCCACGGGCCUAGUGCAGAACCAGCCCAACCAGCUGAGGCUCCAGCUGCAGCAUCGCCUCCAAGCACAGCAGAAUCGCCAGCCACUUAUGAAUCAAAUCAGCAAUGUUUCAAAUGUGAACUUGACACUGAGGCCUGGCGUACCCACACAGGCACCUAUUAACGCCCAGAUGUUGGCCCAGAGGCAGAGGGAAAUCCUGAACCAGCACCUUCGACAGAGACAAAUGCAUCAGCAACAGCAAGUUCAGCAGCGAACCCUGAUGAUGAGAGGGCAGGGGUUGAACAUGACACCCAGCGUGGUGGCUCCUGGUGGCGUGCCGGCAGCCAUGAGCAACCCCCGGCUUCCCCAGGCAAACGCACAGCAGUUUCCGUUCCCUCCAAACUACGGAAUGAGUCAGCAGCCAGAUCCAGGCUUCACGGGGGCUGCCGCACCCCAGAGCCCUCUGAUGUCGCCCCGAAUGGCGCACACGCAGAGCCCCAUGCUGCAGCAGUCUCAGCCCAACCCUGCCUACCAGGCCUCCUCGGACAUGAACGGCUGGGCGCAGGGGAGCAUGGGUGGAAACAGCAUGUUUUCACAACAGUCCCCACCACACUUUGGACCACAAGCGAACACCAGCAUGUACAAUAACAAUAUGAACAUCAGUGUAUCCAUGGCGACCAGCACAGGUGGGAUGAGCAACAUGAACCAGAUGACAGGACAGAUCAGCAUGACCUCAGUGACCUCCGUGCCUACGUCAGGGCUGUCCUCCAUGGGUCCCGAGCAGGUUAAUGAUCCUGCUCUGAGGGGAGGCAGCCUGUUCCCAAACCAGCUGCCUGGAAUGGAUAUGAUUAAGCAGGAGGGAGAUGCAUCACGGAAAUACUGCUGACACUGAAGGUAGCUGGUUGCUUCUUUCUUCAGCUGAUUGGGCUCUCUUGCUCAAAACGCUUACCAGUCUGGAGAGCUGCGUCUAUUUGUUUUGACCCAACCGACCUGCCAUCCAGUCCUGCCUGAGCAAGAUGGGCAGAUAGGCCUGGGCCCUGCCCCCCGGUGGAGCCCCCUCAGCUGCCGCAGGAGGAGCUGUCUCCCUGUUGACAGUCUGCAGCUCGAGCUGGACAGUUGCUCAGUCUGUUCACUGCAUUCACCUUAGUGCAACUUAGAUCUCUCCUGCAAAGUCAAUGUUGACAGGCAAACUUCAUACCGUGUCAGAUUGAAUGUAUCUAAAUGUAUGUAUUUAAGGGAAACACCCUUGCUCUUGUUCUGUUCCUAUCUGGUUCCAGACACUGGUUUCUUGCUUCGUUUUCCCUAGCUAACCUUAAAUGAUUAAGAGUUCAUCUGAGGGAAAGAAAAGAAUUUCAAAAAAAAAAAUCAAACUAAAGAUGUUUUAAGCUAAGUCUGAACAGGGGCUAAAGGCAGGGCAGACACAUGGACCGCGCUGUAUGUACAGAGGCACCCGAGAAGUGAAGACCAAGAAAUCCUACUUGUGUAUUUGUAGGAAGCUCUUGAGACCAUGUUGGAAAGAGUUUCCAGUUCCUGAACAGAUGAAAAAGAGCCUGUGGGAGGGCUGUUAACAAGAACUUUUUCCUCCCGCCCCCUUUUGGUUCAAACCAAUCUAAUUCACCCAAAUCGUGGAUUGAGAAGAAAUAUGUAUUUUCCAUUUCCAAACUCAGUCCCCUUUAGCUGGAUCAGACAACCUGAAUCGGCUCCCGCCUCCUCCCUUUCCCUCCCUUCCCCAGUUCGCCCACUUCCAUCCAUUUCUCUAAAUAAAAGCAACAGAAACCAGGUAAGCCCCUUAAUACCUCCUUACAUGUUUUGCCAGCCACUUAUCAACCGCUCUUAAAUUUCAGAAAAAUGCAUUUAUGGCAAGGAGAGGAGCAAAGUUAGGACUCAGUACCAAUCAAACUUUGGACACCUGCUUUGGACGCAUGUUUAUUCUGUUCCCCAGUGACACUGGCCUACCCAACAGAGGAAAAUAAUAAUAGUGUGCUUAAAAUUGACAGCAGUUUCCACUUGACAGAUUUAACCUCCGCCAUGUGUUUUUUUAUUUUGUUUUUUAGCAGUGCUGACUAAGCCGAAGUUUUGUAAGGUACAUAAAACCCAAUUUAUAUGUAAACAAGCAAUAAUUUAAGUUGAGAACCUAAGUGUUUUAAUUGUAUAAUUUUUGUGAGGUAUACAUAUUGUGGAAUUGACUCAAAAAUGAGGUACUUCAGUAUUAAAAUUAGAUAUCUUCAUAGCAAUGUCUCCUAAAGGUGUUUUGUAAAGGAUAUCAAUGCCUUGAUUAGAUCUAAUUUGUAGACUUAAGACUUUUUAUUUUCUAAACCUUGUGAUUCUGCUCAUAAAUCAUUUAUCUAAUCUAUACGAUAUGCAGCCACUGUAGGAACCAAGUCUUGAUUUUUUAUAUGUUUAUAUUCUUUCUUAAUGAACCUUAGGAAGACUACACAUUACUAAGCAAGCCACUUUUCUGGUUGUUUUUCUUGCCCACUCUCAUAGGGGAAUGAUCUUUUCUUAAUUGGCAUCAGUUUCAAACAACUGUAAUACCAAGAAGCUGGUGACCUCUUUUGAGCUAUUUCUCCCCAACCCCUAAUACACAUACUUUCUUACCUAAAUUUCAGGAUGAUAUCUUUUUGAUGUCAAAAAGCAAAAGCAUUUUAUAUCUCAUUAGCCAGGCUUUUUAGGAACAGAGUUUGUUUAUUUGUGGCAGGGUGAAAAAUAGACAAUUUGACUGUUUAUUUGUGGCAGGGUGAAACAUAUACAAACUACCCCUAUUUAUGGUUAUAUCUCUCUCUGUAUGCACAGGUUAUGGGAAGUGUAGAGAUAUAGGCAAAGAUAAGAUGGUAAGUAGACAGUCUGAAAGUGUUGCUCCAUACUGAAGGAAUGUUCUGGAAAUUUGCAUUUCGCUCCUUUUUUCCACGUGAGGGGGUCUCACUACAGGGAGGUGGCCGAGGAACAGCACUUCUCAGGGGCCGCCAGUUCGCAUGUCCCCCUCAAAAGGCUCUACUUUUGUCAACCAAACCAUUGGGUUGCCCAACUGUGAUGGAAAAACACAAGCAGAUGUUGGCCCGGAACUCCACGUCCUUGUUGGCGCAGUGAGGCUUAUG